CCGAGGUGGACGUGUUUUCCGUUAAAUUGCGAAACAUACUAUCGUCGUAGUAGUAAAAUAAAGUUUCGUAAAUAUUGUUGUUAAUCGAUUUGGGUAGUCUUCUAAAAUACAAAUAUAUAAAGUUUUAGUUAACUCAUCACUGCAGUGCCGGCUUACUAUUUAAGUUCCGCUUCGAGUGAACAAUGGCCAUCAUUUCUCUACAACACACGUAUUUUUUCAUUCUGCUCACAUUAUUAGUUGGUCAAGGAGAUGGACAUUGGAAGAAAUCAUCUAAGAAUAUCCUUCAACGUGAUAUGAAAUUGUAUAAGAAAAUGACCGAAAAAAUGAAGGAAGAACUCGAGGAAUUCUAUGGUGAAUACUCAAAUGAACCAAUCAACGAUUACUUUCUUGAAGAAAUAGAUUACGUUCAGAGUAAAAUCGAAAAACAUUUGAGACCUAAAAUAAAAAACGAUAAAAGUAAAAAAAUUACUUACUCCCACGUUAAUUUUUCUGAAAAUGAUCGUUAUGUUAAAAGUCCACACAAUAAAGAAUAUGCUACCAAUAAAUCGUCCGAAAAUCACGACAAUAACUCCAUUGACGAAUCCGAUACAACAACGAAUAUCAAGUGGCCUAAAUUUGAAGACAUUUUACUAGCAAUUGGCAAACAAUACGAUUGGAAAAAUGACAGAUGGAUAAAAGUUAAAGCAAAAAUGAGGGAUAAACAAAAAAACAAAUUAAAUAAACUAGAUAACGUCGCAGAACAUCAGAAACACAAUUUUAAAUAUAGAAUUGUAAAAUUAAACAGAGCUAAGAGUAAAAGAAAAAUCGUUAUAGCCGUAACAGCUGUUAGAUAGAAUCAAAACUUUAUAAGAAGUCAGAAUAAUAACAUAACAUCUCCUUAUAUUAUAUAAUGUUAAAGGGACCAAUGGGGCUGAUUCGUUAAUUGAUAAUUUAAAUCAUGCUAUUCGGCAAAGUUAAUAAUAGAACCGCACGUGAGAAAAAAAAAAUUGGCAAAAUCUUUAACAUACCAUUUAUAUAAUAAUAAACUUCCCUCACUUAUUGAUCCUCACAGAAAACAUAUUAAUAAAUAAGGUAUUAAGCAAUAAUUCUGUUGAUGAAACCAAUAUCAUGUAUUCCGUGUUUCCCU